CUACAGCUUUUAAUCUCAUUGCGCUACUGUUUAUACUUUUCUUUACUUGUGAUAUGAUUAUGAUAUAAAUAACUUCGAUUCGAACUAAUAAUUCUCACUUAUGUAACUUUUUACUAACAUUGUUUUUACCUAUUACUUUUUACUGAUUAAUUUGCAACGAUACUUACCCUUGUGUUAGUUCAAAAAAAUCAUCUGAAGUAAAGUUUUAAUUUGUUUCCGUAAUGUAGUUUCGGGUAUGAAAGUAUCAUUACAUAGGUAGAAAUUAAGGUUCCUUUUUGCUGCAAAAGGUUGUAUUCCAGUUUCAUAAUAUGAAUGUAAAGAAAGUAUAUGGCAGGACUUCAUUCACAAAUGAUGGAUCAUUCAAGAAUAGUGAGGAACAUUUCGAUGGAAGUCAAUGUGAUAAAUUAUCUGAUGAACUUUUAAAUGAAAAUUCUGUCACUAAAACUAACCAAAAUAAUGUUUGUGAUAUUUGUUGUAAAACCUUCACGCAAAGAUAUAGUCUCAAAAAGCACCUACUUACACACAUUAAAGAAAAUUGCAUUUGUGAAAUUUGUAAUAAAGUCUUUAAAAAUAAAAGAAUACUCCAUGGACAUUUACUCCUCCAUAAAAAUGGAUUUUUUAAAUGUGAAAUUUGUGAUAAAAGUUUUCCAUAUCAGGGUAGCCUAAAAUUGCAUCUACGCUGCCACUCAAACGAAAGGAACUAUUCGUGUGAAAUAUGCAAAAAGUCUUUUAAACAAGAAGCUCAUCUACAAAGACAUUAUUUAACCCAUACAAAGGAGAGACCCAUUACUUGUGAAAUUUGUAACAAAGGUUUUACUCACAGAGGGUCACUUAAUCGCCAUCUCUUUACUCACACACAGUUUCCCUCUUCGGAUGUCGAAACUCACACUUGUGAACUUUGCCGUAGAAAUUUUCCAAAAAGAUACCUUCUCAAUGCGCAUAUGAUUCGUCAUACAGAUGAUAGACCUCAUGUUUGUGAAUUGUGCAAUAAGAGUUUUAAGGAAAAAUCUGCACUUGGAAAACACUUAAAAGCACAUAAAGGGGAGAGAUACAAGAGAAGUGAGAAAUCAGUCACUUGUGGAAUUUGCCAUAAGACACUUCUUUCUUCUUUAAAAAUUCACAUGAGGAGUCACUUCAAUGAGAGGUGUUAUGUUUGCAAUGUAUGCAAUAAAUCAUUUUUGCAGUUGGGACAUUUGCAGACGCACGUAGCUACUCAUUCAGAUGAAAGACCAUUCUCUUGUGGAAUAUGUGAAAAACGAUUUACUAGAAAAUCACACAUGAAAAAGCACUUUCAUUCGCAUACAAAUUCUAAUGCUAAAACUGUAAAGACUGAUAAAAAUAUUGUUUGCCCAGAAAGUAAUCAGUGUGAUAAUCAGGACGCUUCUAUAGAUUGUGCAAUGCAGUAUAUGGACACUCUUUUUGCGAAGUAGAAGUUGACCAUUCUCAGUGAAGAGAAAAAAAAGCUGCAUAAGUGUAGAAUCAGAUUUAGAAUAUGCCUGUAAAAAAACUUUGUAAGUGUACAGCGGGAUUCAAAAUAUGCCUGUAAAAAGCUGCAUCAGUGUAUAACAAGGUGCUGAAUGUACCUGCAAAAGAGCUUCACUAGAGUGAAGCAGGAUCCAAAACGUGCCCCUAAAGAGCUGCAUCAAUGUAUAACAGGGUGCUGAAUGUACCUGCACUAGAGUGAAGCAGAAUCCAGAAUGUGCCUGUAAAAAAGCUACAUUAGGUGGCAAGGUUGGUGGAUACUACAAAGCUAGUGUAGGGCAAGUGCCCAGAAUGUGCCUGUAAAAAAUGCAGGAUGUCAAAAAGUGUUUUAGACAAAGAUGGCAGAUUUCUACGACAAUGGAAAAAAUUCUGAAGAAACCCUAAAAAAAGAGGUUUAUUUUAACCCAGUUUGAAGGAAUAGAAGAAACUCUUUUUCCAAUCAAAUGUUUAAACAGUUUACAAUUGAAAUCUAGUGUAAACAAUCUUAAUUACUAUUUUCAAACUAUUUAAUGGGUUUCUUUCAGCUGGAAUGCCAACCUUGACUUAGGGUCAAAUUAAGGUUGAUAAGAAGACCAUCUGUGAUAUGCAUACCAAUGAGAAUUUAUUUAACAAUCAAUAUAAAUAUUUAGAUGUUCUGCUUAUUAUUAUUAUUGGCUUAAUGUAAAUAGUAAAUUUUCAAAAAAAGAUUGCCCUCAUGUUUAAAUAUUUACAGAUUAGUGACAAAAUAAUCUGAAUACUUUUAAUAUGAUUCUAUGUAAACACUACAAAUUUUUAGCUACUCAUGUUUUGGAAGAUUUUACUUGUAAAAAGCGUCGGCAAAAUUUAAAAGAUCGUGUUUGAAGCUUUUUAAAAAUGGUGUCCUUUUUAUCCAUGCUAAAUUUGUGUUGACCAAAAUGAGAAUAGAAAGUUUAAAUCUCCUUUCCCUUUUUAAUACCAUAAUAAUUGUAACAGCAUUUUUUUAUAUAAAAAAUCAGAAUCUUCUAAAAUGAUGUCAAAAUUGUUGGUAUUAAAGUUACAAAAAGUUAUAAACUUCCUCUCAUCGUUUUAGUAGAUCUGUAUGGGUAUAAAAUACAUCUAUUCUGAAAGCUUGAAGAAUGAUCUUUCGCAUUUUUUUGCCUGAUAAGAUCCUCCUAAACAUUUGCUUCUAAAAGAUUGUUUUCUUGGAGUUUGUAUAUAAGUGUUUUUAUUAUUUUUUCAUCUAUCUGUAUAUAAAACUCUAUUGUUACCAACAUAAUUUAGAUUUAAAUUGGAAUUUUCUAUUAACUAAUGUUUAACUUUUUAAAAUAUGUUAAAGGGCAAAAAUAUUCUAUAGAAAUGUUAAUCUUUCGAUUGCAAUCUAAUCUUGCACUAUCAAUUUGAUUUGUAACGUAAUAAAUUUUCUAAAAGGUAAUACUUUUCUUUUGAAAAUGCGUAAAAUCUGUAUUUUAAUUAAUUUUUUCUGUAAUUUUGUAGUGAACCUUCUGCAUUUUAAAAAAUAAAGAUUGGCAGGUGUGUAACUUUUACUAAGCCAUUUGUCCAUAGUUGCUGAAUGAUGUAGUUUGAUUUCUUCAUAGAUUUUACAUGAUAUUAAUUUCAUAAG